AUGAGGUACUGCAAGGUUGACGACGACGAUGCGGGGUGCAUCACCAACGGCAACUACCAGAACAGCGACGAUGCCGAUGCUGUCUGCGGAAUAUUUGUCCACGAGUCGAAUAAGCGACGCCUCUUCUGGAAAAAACGGCCGGAGUUCACUCCAUUACUCCUCAACGGCGAAGAGGUAAAACAGAAUGAUUUCAAUUUUGGGUUUGGGCCCGUGCCUAGAGGCUCGAUUAUUCUGCGAGGAGGUUCCAGCUAUGAUUCUUUCAAGAUCUGCCUCGAGGCUUGGAUGGUCGAGUUGCCGUGGUUUUGGGCCACAGUGUCAAGCGUAAUUGGAAGCUUCUUCUGCUGCGCCUUCGGCUCCUGCUGGUUUCACCGGAAAUUUCGGCUGAAGGAAGAAAGAAGAUUGCAAGAGAAUUAUGAAGAGCGCUACAAACAGUGGUACGCCCACUACCGACAUGCUAUGUACUCGAUGAUACAGUCUUCUUUCGAUGAAAGUGCACCAGGAGUCAAGAUGUUGAUCUUAACGGAGCCCACGAAGCUUGACUUGGAGCAUGAUUAUCUCUUUAAAGCAGCUAGAAAGCUGCAAGAAGACAUGGGGAAAGCGUUCAAAUCGAAGAAGCACCCCUUCUACGUUGACGGGAAAUUGGUCCUUGACUACAAAAGCAUCACCUUUGCAUCGCAAAUCUCCCUCAACUCCUUGGGCAAGGAGAUCAGCAAACACACGGCAGACAGGCGUGCCGUCAUCAUUGCAGCGUGCGACGUGAAGGAAGUCCUCGAGGUGAAGAAGGUGGUUCGGGAACACAAUAGCAACAAAGAGCGGCAUGGAUCUCACGGGCGCGCAAAGUUCGCUUUCAUGCCGCUGUUCAAAGACCUCCCACAGCGUGAGGGCGAGGGAGUCAAGCGGUUCAAGUGGUAUUCGUUCUACCGCUUCUCGGUGAUGGCCAAAAUGCAGAUUGCUGUGGAUGAGGGGGCCACCGGACUGAAGCUGUUGGGCAUCCAGCCAAAUGUGGGCAAUGACAUGACGGUGCUCGAAUAUCCCGCUUUGGAGGAGGAUCUGAACGAGGCAAGAGAAAAAGAGGAGUACCCCUUCAUUACUGUAGACAACAAAAAGCUGCUGCUGGACGCAGAAGAGUUCACAAUGGAGCGCAUCCGGCUCGAGGACCUUCGUCCGAAGGAUGCAGCAUCUUCCUACUUGGACCAGAACACUAACGACAUGAAUGCUGUGAUUAUUGUUUCGGCGACUGAUGCUGAUGGAAAGGAAGCCGCCAAAGUCGUAACAGAAUUUCACAAACGACACAGGGGCACCCGACAGGUUAUGCGCGCUUGGGCCACCGCCGGAGACGAGUACGAUGACUGGGGCGGGGACCACGGCUCGCAGCCUAACGCUUUAGGGUGGGUUUUCAGGUUGUUAAGAUUGUGA